UAUGAGCACGGGGAUGUACCCGAAAACAGGCAUGGUUUAGAUUGUGGCCCCGUCAAAUCAAUCGGAAUUUGAAAUUUGAAUGCAAAUGACAGCAGGUGCCAUUGAGCUCCAUUGCUCGGGGUCGGGAAUCCUAAUUUUUAACAAAAAACAAACAAAAACCCAAUUAUGAACCUCAAGACUUUACCUACACCUGAGCUACCUUGGUUAUAUAAUAGAUAUAGUGGCAAGCAACAAAAGCGAUUUACAGAUUUAGAAAGAGAUUCAGCAAAAAGAUUUCAGAUUUCGCCACGCAAAAGUCCACAUACUUUCUGUGAUCAUUAUGUCUCUUCUCCACCCACGAUUUCAGGUUGUUGAUGGUUCUCGUUAUUAAAAGAUUGUCACAAAUGUCAAUGAUGACAAGUCAGAAAGUUCGAAUUCACAUUCAAGAUAAUGGGUACCCAUAAACCAUCAUGAAUCGCAUAAAUAAAUGAUUGAAGAAGAGAAAAGAGAGCCAAAUAGGAUGUCGCUUGUCAUUUUUCAGUAAUAUUCUUUUUUCAAGGGUUUAUAUGGAGUCUGCUUUAUAAUUUUUUAUGUCCACUGCACCACCAAGCAUAGAUUCUCUCUAUCAGAAUGUGGUAAUUAGAGCCCUUAAAUUUCGAUAUGAAGUGGGGUUUCUUGAUUUUGUGCUCUAUCUAUGUGUUUUAAUUUCUUCAUUUGAUUCUCUUUCUCUCUCUUCAUGUCAUGGAUGCUCUUGCUUCUUAUUGGGUUUUAGGCACAAUGUGCAGCUGGUGCACAUUUGAAUCUUGACAUGUUUUAUUCUCUUUGUAACCACCCAAGCUCCCUAUAAAUUAAGCCCACACCAUCAAGGGUGUCUCCUCAACACAUAACACCUUCUACUGCUUCUUGCAUUUCCUUUACAAAUGAGUAGUUAUACAAAUGCUUCCAUUGGUUCCGGUAGUAGAACACCUAGGAGAAGCGUUGAGUUUGGUAGGACUUAUGUGGUGAGGCCAAAAGGGAAGCACCAAGCAACGGUUGUUUGGUUGCAUGGUCUUGGUGAUAAUGGCUCAAGUUGGUCUCAACUCUUGGAUAAUCUUCCUCUUCCAAACAUUAAGUGGAUAUGCCCAACUGCUCCUACUCGCCCUGUGACUGUUCUUGGUGGAUUUCCUUGCACUGCAUGGUUUGAUGAGGGAGAGCUCUCAGAAGAUGGCCCAAAUGAUGUUGAAGGUUUAGAUGCUUCAGUAUCACACAUAGCAAACUUGUUAUCAACGGAGCCCACUGAUGUUAAACUUGGUAUUGGGGGAUUUAGUAUGGGUGCUGCAUGUGCACUUUACUCUGCAACUUGUUUCGCCCAGGGUAAAUACGGAAAUGGCAGCCCUUAUCCAGUUAACUUAAAGGCUAUUGUAGGAUUGAGUGGCUGGCUUCCUGGUGGAAGGAGUUUGAGAAGCAUGAUAGAAGGAUCACAGGAUGGUGCUAGACGUGCUGCCUCAUUGCCCAUUUUGCUUUGUCAUGGACGUGGUGAUGAAGUUGUCCCAUACAAAUUCGGAGAGAGGUCUUCUCAGAUCUUGAGUUCAGCUGGAUUCAGAUAUGUUGCAUUCAAAACAUAUGAAGGGCUUGGACAUUACACUGUCCCUAAAGAAAUGGAAGAGGUGUGCCAAUGGCUAAAUGCAAGGCUUGUAGCUUAAGUGAAUGCCAUGGCAUUAGUAGUGUUUUCUUGCAGCUAGUUUGAUGAACAAUUGGUCACUGGUAACCGAAGAAGAGAGGGGAAACAUACACAUUUUGAGAUGGGAUAAAAUUAUUAGGCUUUAAUGGAGAAUAUGUUGGUAUUGUAUUUUAGUUUCUUGGUGUAAAAUAAAGAUUUGAAAAGAGUUUGUUCUUGUGAUAUUUGUGUUAGGGACUGUAGAUGGGAAUUUGUUGUGAAUCUUGAGUUUUGGAGGGGUUAUUGGUGUUGCAAUAAUUAUUUAAUUACUUGUA